ACACGUGUUUUCAUCAGCAUCAUGUCCAAGACCAGUAAAGCUAGGAAAGUAGCUCGAGGAAGACUCACAGAGAAACUAAACAGAGUACAAGAUGUGCGUGGUCGCCUGGAGGAGCAGUUGGGUUACUUAGAUCAGUUAGAGGAUGUCUAUGGUAGUGUGAUUGAAGAGGUGGCGGGUGGCCUUGAGACAGCAGUAGCAGGACUAGUCAAGAAGACAGAGACUCUUGUAGAAGGAAUGAGAGACGUUUCCAAUAGAACUGGGACCAUUGUAACUGAGAAAAAGAAAGUUUUUGAAGACGUCAUCCAAAAAGCAACAGCUUCUACAAGUUCAGCAUUCCAACUGUUAGAAAACAAGUGCUCUAACAUGACUCAUCAGCAAUAUUCAACAGCUUCGCAGGAUCUUGAAGAUACUCUAAUUGAUGCCCUGACCCUGUUAGAUGGGAGCUCGUAUCAGUCACUAGGGGAUAGUUUCAGAGAGAUAACGUUCCAAGAGACAUCAGUGAUGAAGAUUCAUGAUGAAGUACUUGGCCCUUUAGAAGUUAAAAUAAAAGAUUUAAAGGAUAAGCUAGAUACUCUAGCUAUGAAUGAAGAGCCACUCCAUCUCUUGGCAUUUGAUGAUGCUUCAUGUACUGCAUCAGAGUUUGGAGAUACUGUAACGGAGUCCACUGUAAUGGAGAACACAGUAAUGGAGAACACAGUAAUGGAGAACACAGUAAUGGAGAACACAGUAAUGGAGAACACAGUAAUGGAGAACACAGUAAUGGAGAAUACAGUAAUGGAGAACACAGUAAUGGAGAACACAGUAAUGGAGAGUACAGUAAUGGAGAAUACAGUAAUGGAGUCCACUGUAAUGGAGAACACAGUAAUGGAGAACACAGUAAUGGAGAACACAGUAAUGGAGAAUACAGUAAUGGAGAACAGAGUUGUUGAGAACACGUUAGCACAAAGAGAUGAUGCCCUAGUAUUUGCUGACAGUAUUCCCAGUCUUACUUUAGAAGUUGGUUCAGUUUUAAGAGUUGUUGUAGUGUCAAUGGACAGUCUUACAUCACUGACUGUACAGCCUGAGUGCAGUGACCUGAUAUUACUCUCUGAAACAUUGAGUGAGCUAGCAUUGAAUGAAGAGCUGACCCAGUCUGUAGCCUGCAGGGACUUCAUGUCUAAUUUAAAGGCUGGACAAGUUUGUUGUGCUAGAUUCUCUGCAGAUAGUUUUUGGUACAGAGGCAGAGUGUUAGAUAUUGCUUACAAAGGAAAUGUCAUAAACAAAGUAUCAGUUCAGUAUGUUGAUUAUGGAAAUAAAGAAGUCUUACCUCUUUCGUCACUUCUUCCAUUACCUGUUCAUCUUGCUGCUCUCCCAAUUCAAGCCAUUACCUGUUCCUUUAAAGGUCAAAGCAGUUUCCUUCAAGAGGCUUCCUUCCAGGAUAUCUCACUGACAUUGAUGGAAUGGCUGGAGCGUGUUUUAAUUGGUAAAGUAUUAAAGGCUCAAAUAGCCUCUUGCUCUACAUCUGGUGAUGUUCAUAUUUUUGCUGAACUUUAUGCACCAACUAAAUUAUUUGUGAACGAGAAGUCGCUCUCCUUCCUACAAAAUAUGAAGCUUACCUUGCCACCACACUGGAUCACCACUGAUACAAUUUGUUUGGAGUCACUCAUUAAAGAUAUGUUAUCAUAUAACAUGACUGGCCAGUCUACUGCUACUAAUGACAUUAAGAAUAUGCCAGACACUGUAACUGCUCAUCAGUCUCUGACCAGCAGCAAUGGACAAGAUACUACAACACAUGAUUCAACCCCAUCAGUCUCUGUUGCUUCAUCUCUUACUAAUAAUCAAGCUCCAAUGAGACUGGCUCCUUCUUGGUCUAAUAUUCAAACUCCUUUUCCUUGCUCUGGGAGUCAAACUCAUACUAGCCCAGUCCCUACUAGUACUACAGGAGUUACUAGUGACUGUCCAACACUUACUACUAGCCCAGUCCCUACUAGUACUGCAGGAGUUAGUGACUGUCUAACACUUACUUCCACUAGUGUACCUCCUUUAGGCCCAAGCAAUGAGACUGAUCCAAGACACAGUACGGAAUAUAACACAAGCUCAGCUACUCCUUCAUUGAGUUGUUCUUCUGGGAGUCAUUCUAAGGGUAGUAGCCUUGUUGAGAUCAAGAAAGGUGAAAUCAGAGUAGUUAAUCCUCCAUCGUCCGUGGUCAUUAACGAGAUCGAAGAGAGAGAGUCGUCAAUUAAGCUGCAGGAGUAUGAUGAUGAACAGAAUCACUUGAUAUCGGAUGAAUCAAGUGAGGAUCAUUUAGUGUCAGAUGAAUCGAUAUUGGAUGAGUGGGAUCGAUUAGUAUCAAGUGAACGAGAUCAAUCAGUUGUACAGGAUCUUUUGAUAUCAGAUCAACAGGAUCAGUUAGUAUCGCAUGAUCAAAAUCAUUUGGUAUUGGAUUUACGGAAUCACUUAGAGCAAGAACAAUUAGUAUCAAAUCAGCAAGAUCGGAAUGUCUCAAAUGAACAUGAUCAGUUAGCAUUAGACAAUCAGAAUUCUUUAGUAGCUGCUCAAUCAGGUGAAAAGAAUCUUGAAGUAUCAGAAGAACAGGAUCAAGCAGAUGAAUAUCAGGAUCAGUUAUCAAACCCUUCAGAUUCUUCUGAUAUUCUAGCACAUCCUGUUCCUAGUAUAAAGCCUGUUCAUAAAGUUGAUUCCAUUCCAGAGUCUGUACAUAAAGUUGAUUCCAUUCCAGAGCCUGUUCAUAAAGUUGAUUCCAUUCCAGAGCCUGUACAUGAAGUUGAUUCCAUUCCAGAGUCUGUACAUGAAGUUGAUUCCAUUCCAGAGUCUGUGCAUAAAGUUGAUUCCAUUCCAGAAUUUGUACAUGAAGUUGAUUCCAUUCCUGAGUCUGUACAUGAAGUUGAUUCCAUUCCAGAGCCUGUACAUGAAGUUGAUUCUAUUCCUGAGUCUGUACAUGAAGCUGAUUCCAUUCCAGAGUCUGUGCAUAAAGUUCUUUCCAUUCCAGAGCCUGUUCAUGAAGUUGAUUCCAUUCCUGAGUCUGUACCUAAAGUUGAUUCUAUUCCUGAGUCUGUACAUGAAGUUGAUUCCAUUCCUGAGUCUGUACAUGUAGUUGAUUCCAUUCCAGAGCCUGUACAUGAAGUUGAUUUUAUUCCUGAGUCUGUACAUGAAGCUGAUUCCAUUCCUGAGUCUGUGCAUAAAGUUCUUUCCAUUCCAGAGCCUGUUCAUAAAGUUGAUUCCAUUCCUGAGUCUGUACCUAAAGUUGAUUCUAUUCCUGAGUCUGUACAUGAAGUUGAUUCCAUUCCUGAGUCUGUACAUGAAGUUGAUUCCAUUCCAGAGCCUGUACAUAAAGUUGAUUCCAUUCCAGAAUUUGUACAUGAAGUUGAUUCCAUUCCAGUGCCUGUUCAUGAAGUUGAUUCCAUUCCUGAGUCUGUACAUGAAAUUAAUUCCAUUCCAGAGCCUGAUGUUUAUAAAGUUGAUUCCAUUCCAGAGUCUGUACAUAAAGUUGAUUCCAUUCCAGAGUUUGUACAUGAAGUUGAUUCCAUUCCUGAGUCUGUACAUGAAGUUGAUUCUAUUCCAGAGCUUGUACAUAAUGUUGAUUCCAGUCCUGAGUUUAUACAUCAAGUUGAUUCCAUUCCUGAGUCUGUACAUGAGGUUGAUUCCAUUCCAGAAUCUGUACAUGAAGUUGAUUCCAUUCCCAGUAUAGAGCAUGAGGUUAAUCCUGUUCCCAGUAUACAUGAGUCUGGUCAUGAUCCUGAUGGUGUUAAAGAAGCUGAGGAGAUUGAGGCAUUGCUGUUAAGUAUGGAGUGUUCUGUGAUUGAUGAUGAUUGUAUCACUGAUUCUAGUGAUGAUAUUAUACUCUCACCACCUCCUGAUUUUAUGUGUCAAGACUCACCUAAUCCCACACUUGAUCUAAUGUCUGUAGCUCCUUUGGAUGGUUCAGUGACUGAGGCUCCUGCUACAGUAGGUAAUAUUGACACUGUUAGUGAGUCAUUCUCCUUUGUUGAGUAUGGUCCUGCUGAUGAGCUAUCACUAGUUGUAUCUUCAGUUGUAUCUCCUUCUUGUUUUUAUGCAGUGCCUUCAGAUAAUGCACAGUCACUGGAAUCACUAGAAACAUCAUUAUUAUCUCACUACUCUGACCCAGUCAACUGUCAUGUAUUGAGUGAAGGACAGGUAAGAGUUGGGUCUGUUUGCUGUACAAAGUCAAUGACUUCUGAGGGGCUUUGCUACUCCAGAGGAAUCAUACAGUCUAUUCAGUGGAAUCUUACUCAUGAUGAAUCAGUAGCUGUUAAUGAUAGGGAUCCUAUUGCUACUGAUAUUAAUCAUCAUGAUUCAGUAGCUGUUAAUAGUACUGAUGGUGAUCCUAUUGCUACUGAUGGUUCAUCUCCAGUAACUGUUCAUGUCUUUUGUGUUGAUUAUGGCUAUAAAGCUGCUACUGGCCUAGAGUCUCUCUUUGUCCUUGAGGCUAGGUUUGCUGCCCUUCCUGUACAAUGUAUACCUUGCUCUUUGUCUGGUGUGCAACUCUCUACUAAUGAGGAUACUCAAUUACUUGAUCCUUGUUGUGGCAUCACUGCUGUUACUGAUUCACCUUCAAAUGGUGAGACAGCUCUGGUUCAUAAUACUAGGUCUUGGUCAAAUGAAGUGGUUCAGUAUUUUGAUGGAUUAGUUCGGAAUAAGUUAUUGUUGGGUGUGGUUACUGAUAAAGCUGUUUCUGCUGGUUCCUGUAUUGGUCCUGUUUAUUUGGUAUUACUUUACGAUGAGGAAAAGAAUCUUAUUAAUAAGAAAUUAGCUAAAGCUGGACUAGCUCUGUUUACUGAAGGUGCUUCUAGUGAUCGUGACUCAAGCAGUCCUGACGAUGAUGAGUUUUUUAAUAACUGGAAUCCAAUGGUCACAGAUUUUCUAAGUCAAAGGAAUGUUAUUGAUAUUGACGAUGAAGACGUAGGAUCAGCUCUUCUGGGAUACAAGAGCACUAAUAAUAAGGUCUGUCGUUUCUAUAAUACACCACAAGGAUGUUAUGAUGGUGACCGAUGCAGAUAUCAACAUGUCCAUGAAGGUGGGGUUGAACAAUGUCUGCAAGACACUUUCAAGUCUCCAGCAGUUCCUUCUCUCCCUCCUGUCGGGUCAAUGAUUAUUGUUGUCGUGACAACCAUCCAGUCAAUUAAUUGUUUUAUGGUUCACAUCAUGGGGCCAGCUGAAGUCCUAAUGAAAGGUUCUAAAAUACAAAGCAAGUACAUUAGAUCAAAGUUUCUGAUGCUACAACAAGAAAUGGAUGAGUAUUAUAAGGAACAGGGGAGAGCUGCCCAGUCCUUCGUCCCUCCCACUAUUGGUGAGUUGGUUGCUGUUUGGAGUGAGAGGGACAACCAUUGGUACAGAGCCAUUGCUAAGGAUCAGCAAGGAGCUAGCAUUGAGGUUUUUUACAUUGAUAUUGGUUAUUCUGAAUUGGUUGAUCAGGAAAGGAUAAGGACUAUAGCUCCAGAGUUUGUUCAUUUGCCAGUUCAAGCAGUCGAAUGUCAACUCUACAAUCCUAACCUUUCAAUGGAGAGCAUGCCCACUGAUAGAACCAAGAAAAUGUUUGAAGAUUUAGUGAAGGAUAGGCUACUCUUUGCUCGAGUGAUGUGGAGAAACAGUAAUGGUAUCCUUGGGGUUGAACUACAUGAUCUUCAGAGUACAGGAGUGUCACUGAAUGAGACUAUAAUUGGAAAAGAGUUUGAGAAUAAGAAGAAUGGCCGCCCAAAGGAGAAGGUAAAGAAGAGAUUGGCAGUACAACUGAUGCCUGGUUAAAUGGAGUUGGUCAUCUUUUUAUAAAUGUACUUCUAAAAUAGGUUGACUGUAUUCUUUUGAUUCUAUUUAAUCAUUUCAAUUUCAA